AUGGAUUAUAAAGAAGAGCAAGAUCAAGAAUUAGAAAUAUUACAAUCUAUAUAUCCAGAUGAAUUGGAGAUACUAAAUGACUCACAAACCCAUUUUCAAGUACGAGUGAAUUUAGACUUACCAAGUGAGAGAAAACAUGCAUUAUUGUUAAUUGUAAAAUAUCCACCAACUUAUCCAGAAGUAAUACCUGAACUACAUAUUGAAGUAGCAGAAAAUGAAGAUGAUGAAGAUGAUUACGACGACGAUGAAGAAGAUGAAGAUGACGACGAUGAAGAAACAAAACAAACUAAAUUAGCAUUAAAUAUGGCAGAAACAAUUGAAUUUUCAAAAGAUGAUUUGAAUUUGCUAGUUUCAAAAUUGAAUGAAGAGUCCGACAUAAAUUUAGGAUUACCCUCAGUUUUCACAUUAAUCACAUUUUUAAAAGAUGAAGCUGAAAAUCUAUUCACAACAAAGUUAGAAAAAGCAAAUAAAGAACACGAAGCUAAAAGACAAGAAAGAUACAAGAUUGAACAAUUGAAGUUCCAAGGUACGAAAGUCACCGAGGAAAACUUUGAAGAAUGGAGAUUGAAAUUUAGAAAAGAAAUGAAAUUUGAAGAAAUGGAUUCAAAAAAAUUUAAUGAAAUGCAUAAUGGAAAAAUGAGUGGUAAAGAAAUUUUUGAAAAAGGAUUAGCUGGUAAUAUUGAAGGUGAUGAUUUAAUUGAUGGUGUGGAGAAAUUGGCCGUAUAA